AUGUACAUAUACACCCAUAAACUUUUCUCUGCCGAAAAGAAAGUCGUGUUGGCUGCUUUGAGUGGGAAAGUUAUCGAUUUGGGUAGCGGAAAGCAUAAAAACCAAGGCAAUCGACUCUGGGAUGGAUAUACAAGUAUAUAUAACAUGAUGCAUUAUUUGCCCAACGGUGAACGGGGAACUCUAGGGGAAUCCAGUCAAGGGUAUGAAAUCAUGCAUACCAUUGAAUGGUUUCUGGGAUCUUCCCGCGAUGAAACAACAACCAAUGCCGAAGGAUAA